CCGUAAACAAAGCAUGCGCUAAAUUCUUAUGGCUUGAAAAGUUGUUUACAUCGUUUCCUGGGAAAUAUUUUUAGAAAUUAUAUAGCUAUUGGUUGAGUUUCUGAUGACAUCAAACAUUUUCACAAAUGUUUUAUAGUCUUCAGUCCACUGUAUCAAAAUGACCUUGCAGAAAUAUUAGCACGAUAAGUGAAAGCUGACAUAUAUACAUGGAUCGCACUACUUCAGAAUCAUUGGGGAAAGUGACCAGAUUUUCAAACUGAUACAGAGAAGUGGUUUAAUAAAGAAAUAAGAUGUCCAUAAUGUCAGAACAAGAAGUGAAUGUUAGAGUGGCAGUGAGGGUUAGACCCUUGUUACCUAAAGAGAAGAUUGCAGGAGAAGAAAUGUGUGUACGAAUAAUACCAGCCACAAACCAGCUUGUAUUAGGGAAAGACCGAGCUUUUACAUUUGAUCAUGUACUGUCUUCUAAAACUACACAGGAUGAAGUGUAUAAAUCGUGUAUUGAACCCUUGGUAAAUGGUUUAUUUGAGGGUUAUAAUGCUACAGUGUUUGCUUAUGGUCAAACAGGUUCAGGAAAAACUUAUACAGUUGGAGAUGGGAUUUCUUCCUUUACAGAUGAAGAAUAUGGAAUCAUACCCAGGGCAUUGAAAGCCAUAUUUGAUAAUAUGCAGUCCAAUACUACUACUGAGUUUUCUGUAAAAGUGUCGUACAUAGAAAUUUACAAAGAAGAGUUACAGGAUUUGUUAGAUGUUGAUACGUCAAGUAAAGAACUACAUGUCAGAGAGGAUGACCAAGGCAACACAGUGAUAAUUGGUGCCAGAGAGGUGGAAUGUGAAUCUCUUGAUGAAAUCAUGUCACUGUUAGAAUCUGGGUCAUCUAUUCGUCACACAGGGUCAACACAGAUGAAUGAACAUUCCAGUAGAUCUCAUUCUAUAUUUACAGUCAUAGUAGGCCAGAGAUGGGUAGAAGCUGAUGUUAUGGCAGGGAAGAGAAAACCAUCAGAAUCUAACGAGGUCAUUGAUGAUGAGAAUCAGUUGAAAGAUAUAACCCACAAUAUGUUUGGAAAGUUCCAUUUUGUUGAUCUAGCUGGAUCAGAAAGAGCUCACAGGACAGGCAAUGUAGGGGAUAGAUUUAAAGAAUCUGUACAUAUAAACUCAGGACUAUUAGCUCUUGGAAAUGUGAUCAGUGCAUUGGGAGAUCCAAAAAAGAAAUCCACACACAUUCCAUACAGAGAAUCUAAAAUCACAAGGCUACUUAAGGAUUCUCUGGGAGGAAAUGCUCAGACAUUGAUGAUAUGUUGUAUAAGUCCGUCCACAUCUAACUUUGAUGAAUCUUUGAAUGCUUUGAAGUAUGCCAAUAGAGCUAAGAAUAUAAAGAAUAAACCAAUUAUAAACAGAGAUGUACAGUCAAUCAGAUUUGAAGAAAUGCAGUGUGAAAUUAUGGCAUUACGAGAGGAGUUGGUGAAACAAAGGACAACUUUAUUAAGUAAUGGAGGACAAGGCUUUGGGCUUGGUGAUCCUGUUCAUAUGGAGAAAUAUGCACAUGAUGCUCAACAGUUAGAGAGAUUAGAGAAACAAGUUGUUAGGUUACAAACAGAAUGUUCCCAUUACAAGAUGAUAGCCGAGGAAGCUUAUAAACAACUGAUUGAAAUACAGAAUAAAGAUAUAUUGUCACAGAGUCAGGAUAUCAGACUAAAAGAUUGGCUAGAUCUUAUGGAAGAGAUAAAAAAUAAAGUACCAGCAACAUUAUCUAGAGAGGAGAUGGAAAAUGAAACUAUUAGAAACCUAACAGCACUGUUAACUAAGUGUAAAGAAGACUUGAAAAGUGAUGAAGAAAUAUUUGCAGAGAAAAGUAAAGAACAUAAUAGUAUGACCCACAGACUGCAAGAGCUGGAGGCGAUGGUAGAGGAAAAAGACCAGCAAUUAUUACAGUAUGAAGAUACCAGAAUGAAACAGGAACAACAACUCAUAGAACAACACAUGAAGAUAGAGGAGUUACAAAAGGCUAUUAAGGAUGAACUUUCUGUGGACAAUCUGAUGGCAAACAGUAGUAUUAUAGAUGAUGACGCUGUCACAGUUAGUGCCCCUCCAAUUGUACCCCCCUCAGACAAGAGACCAAAGUCUGUUCCAGUACAGUUGACCAGAAGACCUGACACUGCUAGUAGGAAUUUGAGACCAUUGUCAAGGAACAUAAAGACAAGUCCUGCUUUGUUUACUCUGGACCGAGUGAUGAAGAGUUUCCGAGCCCGAAGUCAGCUGCUGGUCAGUCAACUGGAGGAUAGUGAUGAGGUCAUGCAUAACACUUAUGUCAUUGAGGAAGAGGGAGAAACAGCUGGUACCAGUCAGAAGUUUGAAGAGGAACCAGUACUGGACUCACAAGACCAUGAAAUAUCACAGAAAACAGCAGUACUACCAAGAGUAAGAACUACUAGAGGAAAAUUUGUUCGUAAAGGAACAUUUAAAGUAAAGAAAGGUAGAAAGGCAGAGGAAAAUAAAGAGAAUGUCAACAACACAGAUGUUCCAGUUAUAACUGUUAACAGAGAAGUUAUAUCAGGAAGUAUGUCAUCUUCAGCAGGGGGAGAUCACUUAGGUGUCAGUACGAUUGAAGCUGUAGAGGAUAGUUUGAGGAAGAGUGCUAACACACAGAGGAUGUUAAAGGAAUCCAGACUAAAGCUGACUGAUGCCCAUACUAAAAUGAGGGAUUUAUCAAUUAACAUCAGGUUAAAAGAACAGUUGAUUAGAGAACUUGUAAAAACUGGUAAAGAUGCUGAUUUAAUGAAUAAAAAGUAUGCUGAUAAAAUCAAAUCUCUGGAGAAGGAAAGAAUGAAAGUAAAGAGAGAUUUACAGGAAACCCAGUCAGUGUUACAGGAGUUAGAGGCUAAACAGGAAACUACAGAGAAAACCAAACUUACACAAGAAUACAAAAAGAGGAUGGAAACAGCCAAAGCUAGAAUGUCUGCUAUCUCCAAGAAACAAAAAGAAACCGAAAAUAUUGCUAACUUCUCUAUUUAUAAUGAGAAAAAAAUACAAGAUCUAGAGCUGGCUGUUGACAGAAUGAAGCAAACAAAGGAACAUGUGACCAAGAAGUUAAAAGACGAAUCGGAAAGAAAACUCAAACUAGAGAGAGAGAUGCAGAAGGAAACACAGAAAGUAAAGGAACUUGAGAUAAAGAAUGAACAACAACAGAAAAUACUGAAACGAAAGAAUGAAGAAAUAGCAGCUGUACAAAGAAAGUUAAGAAGUGGGGGAGGAUCAUCUCUGCCACCAAUCAACAUUGAGGAUCAUGAUAAGAUAGAAGACCAGAAGAAAUGGUUAGACAAUGAAGUAGAGAAAGUUUUACAGCAGAAAAGACAAAUGGAGGAACUACAAGAAGAACUUAAAAAGAGAGAGACAAUAGUAGCUAAGAAAGAGGCCAUGUUGGCUGAGAAAAGUGAAAUAGAAUUCAGGAGAAUGAGAUCUAGUCAAAUCAUUAAUAAGAAUAUUUUAUCAGUGUCUAUGAAGUUAGACACGUUAGAUAAAAGACUUGAAGAGAAGACAUCUGAAUUAUCCAAGACACCCACAGAACAGCAGCAGUUUGUCAAAGAGGAAAUGUCCAAAUUCCAGGAAGGGCGAGACAAGCUGGCGAGACAGAGAACUGUUCUUGAGAAUAAACUAAGGGAGGGAAGACUGUUAUCAGGACAAGAAGAAAGGAGGAUAAUAGAACUGGAUGAAGGCAUUGAUGCAUUAGAUGCAGCUAUAGAAUAUAAAACUGAUGCUAUAAAUAGCCGUCAAUUAGAACUUCGUCAUUCACAGAUUUUGUCUAAGAGUGAGGACCAUGUGAUGAAUAAAUUGAAUUCCCUGACCACUACAGAAACCCGAGCUCUUAUGAUGAAAUAUUUCAAUAAGGUGGUAGCAUGUAAGGAUGCAGAGAGGAGACUUAAUCUUCACUGUAGUGAAAUGGAGGUGAAACAAGAUGAACAGGAGAGGUUAAUCCGUGAAUUAGAGGCAGCUUUACAGAGGUCAGCUGUGGAGGUCGAUCGUAGGAUUACCAAACAGACACGGGAAUAUGAACAGAAAAUACAAAUGUUAAUGAGACAACUGGCUGAUUCUGGGACCAACAAUAGUGGCGGAUUUGGGCCUGAAAUUGAUGAAAAAAUGCAAAGACUAGAGAAGGAAUUAUAUUACUACAAAAAGACGAGUAGAGAGUUAAAGAAAAGGUUACGAGAACUGGAGGCAUCAGGGGCUCUACCACAUCAAGAUGAUCUUGAUAUAAGAAGUUCUGUCCAGAGUUCAAUUAAUGAGAAUGACCAUGCAGCUGGGGCCUCCAGUAAUCACAUAGGUAGUAGGGAAUCAAACAGAGAACCAAGACUACUUAGUGCUAGAAGUGAGAAACAGAAUUCCAGACCAAGUUCUGCCAAAUCAGGGGCCAAUGUUUCAACAACAGUCACUCCUGUCAAACUGUCUCGAAAAGAUUUACGGCAAAUUCCAGAUACAGAACUUGCAUUACGAAGGUCAAAUAUGAGUCAUGGUCGCCAUAGUAUUGGAUCUCCUCCCCCACAAGAUUCACUUGAUGGCGGAUUGGGUAAUAGUAACCCAUGGAGUUGAUUUGUAUAUAGGACUAUUUUGUAUAGGGCAAGGAUACAAGAAUUCCUACCAAUGUGUUCACUUGUGAUGUGGUGCUUUUUGAUUGGCUGCCUGCUGUUACAUCACAAUGAUUGUCACUGGGAUUCCUACAGCUGACUGUUGGAUGUGCUUGUUAAAUUGUACAUAGCUAAAUGUAAACAAUCUAUGUUAAGCUAGAGAAGGCAAAUUUAAGACAAGUUUAAUAUCUGUCAAGAUAUAUAUACUUGUGAGUACAUUGGGUCAGCAAUAAAGUUGUCACAGUGUGCAUUUCGUGUGUUUGUAAAUGCUAUGGUUUCUGUGUCAGCUGAAGUUAUUUACAUAUUAGAUUAUUUUAACAUAUGAUCAAUAUCUAUUCACACAUAUUUAAGAUCUGUUGUUUAGUGUAGCUAACAUUUGUUAAUGGGAUAUGAAGUCGAAGGAUUCUAUUUGCACAAAAAAGAGCUGUACUAGCAUGACUCAACUGCCUCGUACUUACUGUCAUUGCCAGAUUUCAUUGUAAUAAUCAUACUCACAGAAAUAUUUAUGUGUGAUGUGCAAUAUACAUGUAUUGUUGCGAGUUUUAAAAACUGAAACAAUGAUUGAAUUUUAUUUAUUUACAUGAAUUUUUAUUGUAAGUCCCAUUGAAUGGUUUACUUAUGUUAGAAGUCAACAGAUAUAUGUAUGCACUUGUUUAUGCUCAUUAUUUUUGUGUUGAAAGGUCCAAUUAUUGUUAAAUGCACCA